AAUUCAGAUUGUUCUAUAUAUAUUUUUGAAACCAUUUUUGUGGUUUCAGAAUGUAUUUAUUUCUCUCCCUACACUUUCUUAGCACUUAGGUUUGUGAGAAGUGAAACUUGAAACUCAAAAAGUUGAUCAGAAACUGCAAUGAGAUGGCUUCUUCUCUGCUUUCUCUCCAGUAUGCACCGAGUAUGCCAUCCGUGAAGCAGACUAGUUCUCGGCCGUCUCUGCAAAUAAGAGCUCAGGGCUUCAAAGAUGAAGGUAGCAUUGAUGGAAAUAUGAGCAUUCUAAGGGAGAGGAUAGAAGAGGUUAGGAUCAAGGAGAGAUUGGAGAGGUGUUGCAGAAAAGAAAAUGGAUGGAAUUACGCAACCGGCUGUGAUUACAAGCACAAAAGGUCUGCGGAUUCAUCGCAGUUUUUUGAAAUAUUGUUUGGAAUGGUUUUUGGGACUUUUAUCCUUACCAUUGUCACUGGAAGUCUCUGUCUUUGGCUUGUUUCCCUGUUAAUCCACUUGUACCAAUGAAGAAAUUUCGCUUUACGAAAUAGAUCAUAUAGUCCUCUUGGAAAACAGAAAAGAUUCGUAGUGAACUUCAAUGGAAGCUUCUCUUUGAAGAAAUAAUGCGUUGGUUUUAGUAGGUUUUGUUGGAACGAUUGUCGCAGAGAGUCUUUGG